AUGCUCGUCCUCCCGACGCGAAGCCUUCUCUUCCGCCCCGCAGCAGCAACAGCUCUCCUGCGCCCGACCGCAACCUCCCUACUGCGCCCAGCAACGAGGGCAGCAGAAGCAGCCGCAGCCGCCGCCCGUCACGCCCACUCCAUCCCCAAGCCGCGCAUGGUCCCCCGCGAACCCUCCCCGUCCAAGUCGACCGAGGGGACGCCCAAGUCGGAGGGCAGGCGUCCGGCCGUGCCCCAGGGCCGCGAGGGCGGCUACUACCAGCUCUCCUUCACCUGCGUGCCGUGCGGCCACCGUUCCCACCACAACGUCUCCAAGCAGGGAUACCACGCCGGUUCCACGCUCAUCACAUGCCCCGAGUGCCGGAACCGCCACGUCAUCAGCGACCACCUCGGCAUCCUGACGGAGCGCAAGGGCGUCACCAUCGAGGACAUCGUCCGCGAGAAGGGUCAGCUGGUCAAGCGCGGUACGCUAGGCGAGGAUGGCGACAUCGAAUUCUGGCCUGACGAGACCGACGCUGCUGCCGAUACUACCCAGGGUGGCCGAUAA